CAGCGGGUUCGCGCCAAAAUCGCGUAGCCGGUCCCUCCCCCCACGGGCUACGUCGCGCCUUCCUUUUUUUUCAAACCCCGGGCUGGGCGGGGAUUGGUGGGCUGGGCACUCACGUGGUUAACGGUCGCGGGAAGCCGCGGAGCCCGAACCUGCGGCUGGACUUGCGGAGACCCCAGCCCCGGCGCCCGGGCCGCCCCGCCUCUGCCGGACAGUCCGCGCCGCCGCCGUCGCCGUCACCGCCACCGCCGCCCGCCGCCCCGAGCGCCCCGGAGCCGCGCAGGCCCGUCGCCGCCGCGCCCCGGCGCGCCCAGUCGCACGUGGCAGACCCGCCCCCUGGGCGGCCGUGCGGUGGCCGCCACAGGCCCCAGCCCUCCGGUCCUCUGCCUCGGCACCAGGGGCGCGAUGAGCUUCUUGAGUCGGCAGCAGCCGCCGCCGCCCCGCCGCGCCGGGGCCGCCUGCAGCUUGCGGCAGAAGCUCAUCUUCUCGCCCUGCAGCGACUGUGAGGAGGAGGAGGAGGAAGAGGAGGAGGAGGGCAGCGGCCACAGCACCGGGGAGGACUCGGCCUUUCAGGAGCCCGACUCGCCGCUGCCGCCGGCCCGGAGCCCCACCGAGCCCGGGCCCGAGCGCCGCCGCUCCCCGGGCCCGGCCCCCGGCAGCCCCGGGGAGCUGGAGGAGGACAUGGUGCUGCGGGGCGCCUGCCCCGGCGCGGACGCGGCGGGCGGCGGGGCCGAGGGCGACUCGUGGGAGGAGGAGGGCUUCGGCUCGUCGUCGCCCGUCAAAUCGCCGGCGGCCGCCUACUUCCUGGGCAGCUCGUUCUCGCCCGUGCGCUGCGGCGGCCCGGGGGACGCGUCCCCGCGCGGCUGCCGGGGGCGCCGGGCGGCCGAGGGCCCCUGCACGCCGCUGCCCGACCACCCGGGCACGCCGCCGCACAAGACGUUCCGCAAGCUGCGCCUCUUCGACACGCCGCACACCCCCAAGAGUUUGCUCUCCAAAGCCCGUGGAAUUGAUUCUAGUUCUGUUAAACUCCGUGGUGGUUCUCUGUUCAUGGAUACGGAAAAAUCAGGAAAAAGGGAAUUUGACAUGCGACAGACUCCUCAAGUGAAUAUUAAUCCUUUUACUCCAGAUUCUCUGUUACUUCAUUCCUCAGGACAGUGUCGUAGAAGAAAGAGAACAUAUUGGAAUGAUUCCUAUGGUGAGGACAUGGAAGCCAGUGAUUAUGAGUUCGAAGAUGAAACAAGACCUGCUAAAAGAAUUACAAUUACUGAAAGCAAUAUGAAGUCACGGUAUACAACAGAAUUUCAUGAGCUAGAGAAAAUUGGCUCUGGAGAAUUUGGUUCUGUGUUCAAGUGUGUGAAGAGGUUGGAUGGAUGCAUUUAUGCCAUUAAGCGGUCCAAAAAGCCAUUGGCCGGCUCUGUUGAUGAGCAGAAUGCUUUGAGAGAAGUAUAUGCUCAUGCAGUGCUUGGACAGCAUUCUCAUGUAGUUCGGUAUUUCUCUGCAUGGGCAGAAGAUGAUCAUAUGCUUAUACAGAAUGAAUAUUGUAAUGGUGGAAGUUUAGCUGAUGCUAUAAGUGAAAACUACAGGAGAAUGAGCUACUUUUCAGAAGUAGAUUUGAAGGAUCUCCUUUUGCAAGUUGCCCGGGGCUUGAGAUAUAUUCAUUCAAUGUCUUUGGUUCACAUGGAUAUAAAACCUAGUAAUAUUUUCAUAUCUCGAACCUCAAUCCCAAAUGCUGCAUCUGAAGAAGUUGAUGAAGAUGAUUGGGCUUCUAACAGAGUUAUGUUUAAAAUAGGUGAUCUUGGGCAUGUAACAAGGAUCUCCAGUCCACAGGUUGAAGAGGGUGAUAGUCGUUUUCUUGCAAAUGAAGUUUUGCAGGAGAUUUAUACUCAUCUACCAAAAGCAGAUAUUUUUGCCCUUGCCCUCACAGUGGUAUGUGCUGCUGGUGCUGAACCUCUUCCUAGCAAUGGAGAUCAGUGGCAUGAAAUCAGACAGGGUAGAUUACCUCGGAUUCCACAAGUGCUUUCCCAAGAAUUUACAGACUUGCUAAAAGUUAUGAUUCAUCCAGAUCCAGAGAGAAGACCUUCAGCAAUGGCAUUAGUAAAGCAUUCAGUAUUAUUAUCUGCUUCCAGAAAGAGUGCAGAACAAUUACGAAUAGAAUUGAAUGCUGAAAAGUUUAAAAAUUCGCUUUUGCAGAAAGAACUCAAGAAAGCCCAGCUGGCAAAAGCUGCAGCCGAGGAAAGAGCACUCUACACUGAUCGGAUGGCCACUAGGUCCACCACCCAGAGUAAUAGAACAUCUCGGCUAAUUGGAAAGAAAAUGAACCGCUCUGUCAGCCUUACCAUAUACUGAACUCAUUUCCCACAUCCCCCAAAAAACUGUGACAAGAGGAAGCUAGGUGGAAAUCACUGCUAGAAUCCAGUUUGCGAUUUCUUUCUCAAUCGGUGUCAGUAAUUUUUACUGAAAUACCUUUUAGGACUUUUGUUUUUGAGUUACAGUUGAAAGCUGUGCUUUGACCUUUGCUUAUAUCAGGCUUUCAUCUAGUCUUACCUGUCUGUCUUCUAUGGGAUAUCAGUCACUGUUGGAUGUUACAUCAACCUUUCCAGGGUAAACCACUGUGGUGGUGUGCUGCUUAUAGUUUGCUGUUGCAUUGUAAUAAAAGGUAUCUUUCCUCGUAGUGACCUGUAAAAAGGACUCAAGGGCUUUAUUACAGACAUUUCCUCCUUUUGAAAAGGGGGAACUGUUAAGGGGCUUAUUACUACUCAGCCUUCAGUGUAUCUGUGUGUCAAUCUUAUGUUUCUAUCUUUUUUUUUUUAAUUGUGAUUUACACUUGUAUAUCCAACUGGGAGCACUUUGUAGGCAUUGCAUGAACCAUGGAAUGAUAAUUCUGUGGAAGUAUUGCCUUGUGAAUUUGCUGCUAUUUUAGUUUUGUCUUUGCUGUAAACUUUUGUAGCAUUAAACAAUCAUUGUUCAUAGGCUUUCUUUUAAAAACAAUUAUGUGAAAUAUAUAGCUGCUUUUGAUAAAAGCAACUAUUUGCCUUUUUCCUCUUUGAACUUUGAAGCUAGUGCAUUGGAUAAAUGCACCUUUACCCCGACCCCCUUUGUAAUGCUGUAUUAUUAAUGUAGUAAAUAUUACUGGUUUUGUAAUUUUUUUCUUGAUAAUGCUCUUCCCUGACUUUUUAAAAAUGUUUCCUUACCUCUCCCAAGUUUUGUACUUUACUGUAUUAUUAGUUUUUAAAUGUUUUGCCUUGUUUCUCUUCAACAUUUAUGUACAUAAACUAAUCUUGGCUGAUACUGUACAUAGCUGUUUGAAAUGCCAGAAUGACUUCUGACUAUUCCAAGCUUUUCCAAAAUACAUUAUCUGUGAUUAGCCAUUUAACUAAUACUACUGGCUAACACGUUUUUAAAAAAAUAAAAUUUGUCCAUUGUUUGUUUUUCUUUUGGUUUAUGUUUACACUUGUCUGUUUGACUUGUGUAUUAUUAUAACAUGAUUGGUAUAUUAAAAGUCACUCUGCGCUUAC